UGCUGCUUCCCUCCAUUUUCCCCAGGUCUACUCUGGUAUACAGCAAAGAAAAUAAUUCUUUGGGGUCUGUACCUGUCGUCUUCGCCGACCAUCGAGGGCUUUCAUCGACGAAAGCGAAGGUGAAAAUCAGCAGGAGGGCACCGUGCCGCGCCGCUCACCGCCUGCGGUCCGCCUGGAUGUGACGUACACGCAUCGAACUUUGCGCGAUUGACCCUGCUUAUCUGCAUGACCCCGCGCUUACUAUUCACGUGUGUUUACUACACUCGCAGCAAGAAGUCGCGACGAGGCGGUGAGACUUGAUUCUCCUUCAUCUGCUGCUUGCUGCUGCUGCUGCUGCACAAAGCCCAGCAUACUGCACGUGCACCACGACGUCUGCAACCGAGUCCCCCACCCACCUACCCACAAGUUUUAGUCAGGAGAGUAUUUUUUUUUUCAUUUCCUUCUUUUUUUGGCUGUUGAGUAAUGGACGAACAGUAACUUUCCAGUUCAAGUGAGUGUCUGUGGUGGGAAUUCACACAAGAACGUCGCUGCAGGGCCUGAGGAGAGAGAGAAAAAAAACUAAACUGUGAAAAAAAGUGGAGAAAUCGCGAGGAGGCAGCCCGGAGCAGGCGGUGCUGGAGUGGAGACGGAGAGUUGCUGGGUGCAGCGCGAGGCGCACACGCCGCCGUAACGCUAUCCGGGAUUAUCGCAGCCACAGGGCCAGCCAUCCGGCCAGACGUGCAGGAAGUUAUCAUGGUGUCCUGGACUGUGGUGCUGGUCUCUCUCUUCCUCUUCCACGGGUCCUGCCAGGCUAGAGGGACCCACGAUCCAGAAAAGUUUCUAGAAGAGGCGGGGCAGAUCUACACAACGAUAUUCCACAAGUACAACAAACGGGUGAGGCCCCCGGAUGACUACCCCAGUAAGGUUAAAGUCAACGUUCAAGCCGUCCUCAUCCACAUACGGCAGCUCGACCUGCUCAAACAGGAGCUGGAGUCGGUCCUAGCCCUCAACAUAACAUGGGAUGACAAGCGGCUGGCCUGGUACGCCUACCAGGUGUACAACAUAACGGAAGGUGUGGAUCAGGUAUGGAGCCCUUCCAUCAUCUACCUGAACAGUGCUGUUCCGCCAAAUCCGUUGUUCUUUUCCAAAGUGACCAUCAGCUCAGAGGGACUGAUCACGUGGUUUAGACAAGAAGUAGUCACCACAGUGUGCCGCACGAAUCCCAAGGAGGCAACCCAGACGUGCGCCAUCAGCCUCGGCUUCACCUCGCCGCAUGCUGACGAAGAGUUUGGCAAUGUAACGACAUUUGAGUUAAGUGAAGAGUUCUCCAAUCACGCCUGGGAAGUGCAGCCGGGAGAAACGGAAGUAGACAACUCCCGCAAAAUCAACUUUGUCCUUUUUCUAGAACAGCUAGAGCCAAUGGCCGACAGACCAGAAGACAAAAACCAGACAGAUGCUAUGGAUGUCGUGAGCAACGGAAACGCCAGCAAAGCGAGUUCCGUUCUCGUUGUCAUGGCUACUAACUGUUUGGUAGUCACUGUGUUCCUGUGCAAUUGUAUGCUUUUGUACUUUAACUUGUAUUGAAGGAUUUAGAUGAUUUUUUUCCUAGCUGCAUUGUCUUUUUCUCUCAUUUCUACGCCCCACCAUUCAUACACUCUCAUGCAACAAAAACAUCGUUAUUUCUUUAUGCAACUUUAUGUUAUGUCACAUUUUCGAGGGUUUUUUCCAUCCUUAUAUAUCAUAAUUCUGCCUUAUACGAACCAUAAUACUGCAAAUGUGAAAUUGUAUUUAUUUUGAUAAACUGCCCACAUCGAUUUCAAACUACUCUCUCACGCACAUUAACAACACGCUGAUGAUCUGUCUUGGAAAUACUAAAACAAAAGUGUUUUACAGAUGCAGUCUCCUUCGAGCAGGAUUUUUUAUGGAUCUUUAUUUUGAUGCAAUAAAUGGAAUAUGGCGAAUAUUAAAAUGUGCACGAAAGAAACCAAGGGAGCAUGAAUGUUGGCUGUGUUCUCGUCAAACUUCAUUGAUAUUUUAUUUCUUUAACGUGCUGACCAUUGAAAUAGAGGUGGCCAGGGAUGAAAGCUAUUUUGUCUGCACCCAAAGUCUAGUUACAAGAGUAAGAGAUUUCCAUGUACAUACUUACCAGCCAUAUUGCUAUAUUGCGUGUUUUUGCUGGAGAACUAGGAUCCGAACUACAUAUUUUCAAGGCCAGCCCGAGUCAAACACGAAAUGAACCUUGAAGUUGCAAUCAGGUUAACAGGACAUAAAGCAGUCGUUACUUUUACACCAAAUGCAUUUUAUAUAUUUGAAGAAAUGAAAGCAGUCGUACAUUACCCUUUCAUUUCUCACGCCUCUGAAAGGCGCAACUACAAUGCGAGAGCUUUGACCUCUCGGUAAUGAGACGUUGCCAUGACAGUUAACCGACUUCUGUGACGUCCAGGGAAAAUUGGGUCUUGACAUCUUUGCAAAAGGCAGAUGAAAAUUUCAAAGUUCAAGAUCUCUCAUCUUGUGAUCGAACAGAUUUGUUUAUAAUUUAGGGAAUCAGUAUGUGUGAUGAAUGAGUCCAGGCCAAUAAUUUUGCACUCGAAUUCAUCUGUAACACCAAGUAAAUCUAGAGACCAAAAAAAAUAAAAAUAAAAAAAUAAUAAUAAUAAUUCAUGCAAUCCUAUUACUUGACCAGCAUGGUCAAAAUAUAUCCAAAAUGCAGUUUCACCACUUUCCUCCUGAUCAUCUUCUGCAUAGUUAUUAUCAAAUUUCAUAGUUAAAUCAUAAAUACCUUCAUAGGCUGAAGAUUGUAAAUGAUAAAACAAUGGGAAAAAAUGUAGCACGAUCCUAUGAAAAAUGCGAGUGGUGGUGUUUUACACAGCUCUUCAUAAUAAAAUUCAUUUCUGAACACG